AUUGUGAAUAAUGAAAGUUUAAAUGUAAUUGCUUUGGUGUUAUUUUUAUCCCAACAUUAAAUUCUGCUUCCAUUUUCCAUUCCCAACGUCUUCCAAUACAGCUAACAGGUUCAGCAUAAUAAGCACCGCCAUCAAAGUAACGUAGGCCGUCGAUGGCGGAGGCGGGGUCAUCGGAGGCAGCUGCAACGGCGGUGGCAGAUAAGCAUAGUAAGCCUCGGCGGCUGAAAGGACACAAGGACUGCACUACCUCCUGUAUUGCCUCACGUGACAGGCCACGUGUCAUCGUCACCUCCGGCGAGGAUGGUCGUGUUUGCUGGUUUGACAUGCGGUGCAAAGAUGUGGCGAGACUGGUUAUGGAUGUUAGCGUGGAACCCGUCACUUCCUUGUGUUUCAAGACUGGUGAGACCAUUUUCUUCUUUUAAAUGUCUAGUCCCUAUAUAUUAUGUUCUGUCCUACUGAAGGCCACCAAAGAAUGGAAGUCACUGGAGAAUUAUAAUUAUAACAAAGAGGAGAUAAACAAGGUUGUAUGCAACUUGAAGUCCUCGUUUCUUGCUGCAGCUGAUGAUAGUGGUGAGGUGAAGAUUAUUGACAUUCGCCAGCCAUGCCUCUAUAAAACUCUACGAGCCGGUCAUACAUCUAUAUGUAACACGGUGCAAUUUCUUCCUUGGAGAUCGUAUGAAGUAAUUAGUGGAGGUCUUGAUUCUUUGCUAUUGAUUUGGGACUUCUCCAAAGGGCGAUCACACAAAGUUGUGGAUUUUGGUUCACUUGAGGCAAACAGUAGCAACACUGGCCAGUGUGUCAAUCCUGCUUUUGUUUAUGCAAUAGCUGUUCCAGAAGUUGACAUGCUAGAUAAAUCAGAUAAGAUCUGUGCUGUUGCAAGGGGAGAUGGAGUUGUUAGUGUGAUUAAUAUUGAGUCUGAAAUUGCUGCUAAUAGGUCAAAGAGCUCUUCAAAUUCACGAAAAGGAUCUCAAUCAAGAUCAAAGGAUGGUGCCAGUUCAAGUAGUAAUGUGGAUGCAGGUCAAAACGGAAAUAGGAGGUUGCAUUUGGAUUACACUUUGGGUGGCCAUACUGCAGCUGUUUCUUGCCUGGAAUUUUCAUUGUUUGGGGAAAGAGGGAAGUUCAUAAUAUCCGGAGGAAAUGAUCAGUUGGUGAAGGUAUGGAAUUGGUCCAGUUAUCGUGAUUCUGGAAUAGGCGACAACAGUGAUAUCCUAAACUCUACCAUCAAUGUAGGCCAUAAAGUCAAUUCACUGUGUACCGUCCCAGCAGAUACAGACAACCUUGUCGUGUGUGACACAUCUAAAUCAGUAAAGGUCUAUUCCGUAACUUAGUCUAAAACUGGAUGAAAGUGGCUUUUGUGAAUUAUCCUGGAGAGCAAUCAGAACUUUCAAUAACAGAUUACUCAGAGGAUCAUGUUCCUGGGCGCAAAACACAACAUAAAAGCAGCAGAGAUUUAAUCUAGGCAUACCUGCAUAUAUUGCUGCUUUGAGGUUCACUAUGACCUAUUCUUUUGCUUGUCCACACGGUCCAAGUCGUUUCAUGUGUACUUGUUAUCUUCCAGUUUUUUCAUGCUACUUGUCAACCUUUUUCAUGUAUCCAUUUGAUUUUUAGGCUGGUUUUCUCGUCAAGACUAAUAAUUUGUAGUUAUUGUGUUUAGAAGUAAAACUUGUUUUGUUUGAUGUUCUCGUCGUGCUAAUUUUCGUGUUUGUUCCUGCAUUUGAGAUUUAUCAUAUUAGACCGGUUGUUAGUGAAAAGUGAAAACAGAGCACUGAGCAAGCUCAAGUUAUUCUCCGGUGUCUAAAGAAACUAAAAUGAAUAAUGAAAUGAACCUUGAUACUUGGAUA